ACAAUAGAAAAUAAAUGUAUAUAUUUUUAGAAAAUUAGACUGGGAGAAAAGUUUGACUUACACAGGAAUAAAGUCCAAAUAAUACCAAAUAUUACUAGGAUAAAAUACAGGUCAUAUUCUAAUGAGAAGAAAAGUCUCACUUUUUUCAGGAACAAAGCCAUAAUAUUAUGUGGAAAAAUAAUGCCAUUUUAGAGAGUCAAAUAUGAAAUUAAAAAAGAUGUGUUAAUUAGUCGGGCUCCAGCAGCCCCCCGCAACUCUUGUGAGGAUAAGCGGUACAAAAUGAAUGAAUGAAUGAAUAAACGUUAAUUAGUGGUAAUAUUAUGAGGCACAAAAUGAAAUAAAAACAGGUUUGGGAAAAAUAAUAUGUAAAUGAAGUCAAUUGUUUAAGAGGAAAAAUAUGCUAAUUGGCAUUUAAACCUCAGCUGGUGUUAUUCAUCAGUACAUACAAAUAAAUCUAUUUAUUUAUGAAGAAGUGAACAACUAUUAAUAUAACAAUGUUCAACCAAUGUUCGCAUUUGUACAUAACAAUAAUAAUAAUCAUGCAUUUCUUUUUUGUUUUUAACAAUGAAAGUUAAUAUUUAGUUCAUAUUUAUAAAGUCAAUAUUUCUACAUGAAAAAUGGGGUGAUUUGCACUGUAGCUUUUUUAACCAGUGCUUUCGUGCCAUGCAUGUGUAAAACGUUGACCGCCGUUCAUAUGAACACAUAAAGCAAAACUCAAGUGUGUAAUGUGUCACACCGCACAUGAUCGACACGCCGCACACACACACCUGUCCCCAUUUAUAACGGGACAUCCGGGCUAUCCUCCCUGAUGCUUGUUUCACCGCUGCUCCUAAUCCCCCUUGGCUCGACAUUCGGUAGCCCCCGACUCAUCACCGCAACGAUCUGAUAAAGUCAUCGGGAGAUCAGCGCAGUCAAUAAAAACAGAUUUAUACACCGUAUGCUAUCGGGGAAGAUGUGAAGAGCGUUCCAAGGCUUGGACGGACUAGUUAGCCUGCAUUGGUGGCCAUCCGUCUUCCCUCCUUUGUGUCCUCUUCCUACGAAUGAAGGCUUUCUCACCUCAGUCCAGAAUGGGAUUGUUAGCACCUCUGAUAGCCUUGUGGCUCCUCGUGCCCCUCGCUGGCUGUGGCGCCCAGACAUUCACCAGCUUCCACCCGGAGCGGCGGGACUGGUUCCUCAACCACCUGACCGUCCACCAAACCACAGGGGCGGUGUACAUCGGAGCAGUCAACCGUGUCUACAAGCUCUCAGGCAACCUGACCCUCCUGGUGUCCCACGACACGGGCCCCGAGGAUGACAACAAGGCCUGCUACCCGCCCCUCAUCGUGCAACCCUGCUCAGAGCCCCUGGUGUCCACCAACAACGUCAACAAGCUGCUCCUCAUCGACUACUCGCAGAACCGCUUGCUAGCUUGCGGCAGCCUCUACCAGGGCGUCUGCAAGCUCCUCAGACUGGACGACCUGUUCAUCCUCGUGGAGCCGUCGCACAAGAAAGAGCACUACCUCUCCAGCGUCAACCAAACUGGGACCAUGUAUGGGGUCAUCGUGCCUUCGCAGGGCCAGGACGGCACCCUGUUCAUUGGGACGGCAGUAGACGGGAAGCAGGAUUACUUCCCGACCAUCUCCAGUCGAAAGCUUCCCCGUGACCCCGAAUCGUCCGCCAUGCUCGACUACGAGUUGCACACUGACUUUGUGUCCUCGCUCAUUAAGAUACCGUCUGACACGCUGGCGCUGGUGUCCCACUUCGACAUCUACUACGUGUACGGCUUUGCCAGCGGCAGCUUCGUCUACUUCCUGACCGUGCAGCCCGAGACGCCAGAGAACGGCAUGUCGUCCAGCAGCUCGGCCAGCGACCUCUUCUACACCUCGCGCAUCGUCCGCCUCUGCAAGGACGACCGCAAGUUUCACUCCUACGUCUCGCUUCCCAUCGGCUGCGUGAAGAACGGCGUGGAGUACCGCCUCCUGCAGGCCGCCUACCUGGGCAAGCCGGGCCGCUACCUGGCCACCUCGCUUCACAUCAACGCCCAGGACGACGUGCUCUUCGCCGUCUUCUCAAAGGGGCAGAAGCAGUUUCACCGGCCGCCCGAUGACUCGGCGCUAUGCGCGUUCACCAUCCGUGACAUCAAUGCGCGCAUCAAGGAGCGCCUGCAGUCGUGCUACCAGGGCGAAGGACACCUGGAGCUCAACUGGCUGCUUGGGAAGGACGUGCAGUGCACCAAAGCGCCCGUGCCCAUCGACGACUCCUUCUGCGGCCUGGACAUCAACCAGCCUCUGGGCGGCUCCCAGCUGGUGACCGGGCUCACCCUCUACACCGAGACCCGCGACCGCAUGACCUCCGUCAUCUCCUAUGUCUACAACGGAUACUGCGUGGCCUUCGUGGGCACCAAGAGCGGACGUCUGAAGAAGAUCCGCGUGGACGGCCCCCCUCACGGCGGCGUCCAGUACGAGACGGUGGCGGUCAUGAAGGACGGCAGCCCCAUCCUCCGAGACAUGGCCUUCUCGCUGGACCGCGCUCACCUCUACGUCAUGUCGGAAAGACAGGUGACCCGGGUUCCCAUCGAGUCAUGUGAGCAGUACGGGACGUGCGGCGAGUGCCUGAGCUCCGGGGACCCGCACUGCGGCUGGUGUGUGCUGCACAACGUAUGCUCCCAGAGGAACCGCUGCGAGCGCGCCAACGAGGCGUACCGCUUCGCCGCCUCCUUGGACCAGUGUGUGAAGGCCACUGUGCACCCGGAUAGCAUCGCUGUGUCCGAGCCCAGCGUGCCGCUGCUGGUGAAGGUCAGCGACGUUCCGGACCUUUCAGCGGGAAUUACCUGCUCCUUUGGAAACUUGACGGAGGUGGACGGCCAGGUGAACGGCAAUCAGAUACUGUGCGUGUCCCCCGCCGCCAAGGACGUCCCCCUCAUCCCGACCGACCAAGGUACUGCAGAUUGGUCGGGCGUGGAGCUGAGGCUCAAUUCCAAGGAGACGGGUCAGAUGCUCAUCAGCACCGAGGUCAGGUUUUACAACUGCAGCGUCCAUCAGCUGUGUCUGUCAUGUGUGAACAGCGCCUUCCGCUGCCACUGGUGCAAGUACCGCAACUUAUGCACCCACGACCCCUCCAGCUGUUCCUUCCAGGAGGGAAGAGUCAACGCCUCAGAGGACUGUCCCCAGCUGGUGCGCUCCGAGGAGAUCCUGAUCCCGGUGGGGGAAGUGAAGCCCAUCACGCUGAAAGCCAAGAACCUGCCACAGCCCCAGUCGGGCCAGCGGGGCUACGAGUGCAUCCUUCACAUCCAGGGGGUCAGCCACCGGGUCACCGCCCUACGCUUCAACAGCUCCAGUGUGCAGUGCCAGAACAGCUCGUAUUUGUACGAGGGCAUGAAGAUCAGCGAGCUGCCCGUGGAUUUCUCCGUGGUUUGGAACGGCAACUUCAUUAUCGACAACCCGGAGAACAUUCAGGUGCACUUAUACAAGUGUGCGGCCCAGCGGGACAGCUGCGGCGUGUGCCUGAAGGCCGACAGGAAGUUUCAGUGCGGCUGGUGCAGCGGCGAAGGGAAGUGCACCCUGCGACGCCACUGCCCCCCCAUGAACCCUUACACCACACGCUGGCUCAACCUGUCCAGCAAGAACGUCAAGUGCACCAACCCCCGCAUCACCGAGGUGACCCCAGUGGCUGGACCCCUCGAGGGAGGUACAAGGGUCACCAUCCAUGGCACCAACCUGGGCCUGUCCUUCUCAGAUGUGGUGGGCAAAGUGGAGGUGGCGGACGUGAGGUGUGCUCCUGUGCAGGACGGCUACAUCAUCGCUGAACAGAUAGUGUGUGAGAUGGAUGCGGCCCCCGCUGACAGUCGACCCGGUCCGGUCCAGCUCUGCGUCGGGGAGUGCAGACCUGAACUCAGAGCUCGAUCCAAUCAGCUGUACUCCUUCGUGACGCCCACCAUCACUGGUGUGUCUCCCAGCAGAGGCCCAGAAUCCGGGGGCACCAAGGUCACCAUCAUGGGAGAGAACCUGGGCGCCGGCAGCAGCGUUAGCGUUAGGUUUGGAAACCAGACAUGCGAGUUCUUCAGUCGAACCAUGACGGAAAUAGUCUGCUGCUCGGCGCCAUCCCUGUCUGGCGUCGGCCCGGUCCAGAUCAGCGUGAGUGUUGACCGAGCCCAAAUCCGGGAGAGCCUCUCCUUCGAGUACAUCGAUGAUCCCACCGUGGUGCGCAUCGAGCCCGACUGGAGCAUCGCCAGUGGCCACACCCCCCUGAUGGUGACCGGCACGAACCUGGACGUGGUUCAGGAGCCCAGGAUCCGGGUCAAGUACGCGGGCAAGGAGUCUGUCAACGUGUGCAAAGUGUUGAACACCACCAGCAUGAGCUGCUCGGCUCCCUCCCUGGUGGAGGACUACCAUCCCGGUCCGGACACGGUUAAGCACGCCGACGAGUUCGGCUUCAUCUUCAACAACGUGCAGGCGCUGCUGGUCUACAACAACACCAACCUGCUCUACUACCCCAACCCGUACUUUGAGCCUCUCAGCACCACCGGAGUCCUGGAGCAGAAGCCAGGAUCUCCCAUCAUCCUCAAGGGCAGAAACCUGCUACCCCCGGCCUCAGGGGGCCUGAAGCUUAACUACACGGUGCUGAUUGGAGAGACCCCCUGCUCGGUGACCGUGUCCGAGAGCCAGCUGCUGUGCGAGCCGCCCAACCUCACCGGACAAUACAAAGUCAUGGUCCAGGUGGGCGGCCUCCACGUGUCUCCCGGCGCUGUGCACAUCAUGUCCGACAGCCUGCUCACCCUGCCCGCCAUCGUCAGCAUCGCCGCCGGCGGGGGGCUGCUCCUCAUCAUCGUCAUCCUCGUCCUCAUCGCCUACAAGCGGAAGUCGCGCGAGAACGACCUCACUCUGAAGCGCCUGCAGAUGCAAAUGGACAACCUGGAGUCACGGGUGGCCCUGGAGUGCAAGGAAGCCUUCGCCGAGCUGCAGACCGACAUCAACGAGCUGACCAGCGACCUGGACAGAGCCGGCAUCCCGCAUCUGGACUACAGGACCUACGCCAUGAGGGUCCUCUUCCCCGGCAUCGAGGAUCAUCCCGUCCUCAGAGAGCUGGAGGUUUCUGGAAAUGGCCAGCAGAAUGUGGAGAAGGCCCUCAAGCUUUUUGGCCAGCUUAUCAACAACAAAGUCUUCCUGCUCACCUUCAUCCGAACCCUGGAGAUGCAGCGCUCCUUCUCCAUGAGGGACCGCGGCAACGUGGCCUCGCUCAUCAUGACCGCAUUGCAGGGACGACUGGAGUAUGCCACCGACGUCCUCAAGCACCUGCUCUCCGACCUCAUCGAUCGCAACCUGGAGAGCAAGAACCACCCCAAGCUGCUGCUGCGCAGAACCGAGUCGGUGGCGGAGAAGAUGCUGACCAACUGGUUCGCUUUCCUGCUGCACAGGUUCCUCAAGGAGUGCGCCGGCGAGCCCCUGUUCAUGCUGUACUGCGCCAUCAAGCAGCAGAUGGAGAAAGGACCCAUCGACGCCAUCACCGGGGAGGCACGCUACUCCCUGAGCGAGGACAAGCUCAUACGACAGCAGAUCGAGUACAAAACGCUGAUCCUAAACUGCGUGAACCCGGACAACGAAAACAGUCCGGAGAUUCCGGUGAAAGUGCUCAACUGCGACACCAUCACCCAAGUGAAAGAGAAGAUCCUGGACGCCGUCUACAAGAACAUGCCCUACUCGCAGCGCCCCCGUGCCGUGGACAUGGACCUCGAGUGGCGCCAAGGACGUUUGGCCCGUGUGGUGCUGCAGGACGAAGACAUCACCACCAAGAUAGAAAACGACUGGAAGAGACUUAACACGCUGCUGCACUACCAGGUGUCGGAUCGCUGCGUGGUGGCGCUGGUGCCCAAACAGACGUCGUCCUACAACAUCCCGCCUUCAGCCAGCAUAUCGCGCUCCUCCAUCAGCCGAUACGAUUCUUCCUUCCGCUACACCGGCAGUCCAGAUAGCCUCCGGUCCCGCGCCCCCAUGAUCACGCCCGACCUUGAGAGCGGCGUAAAGGUGUGGCACUUGGUCAAGAACCACGAGCACGGAGACCAGAAGGAAGGAGACCGAGGCAGCAAGAUGGUCUCUGAGAUCUACCUGACCAGGCUGCUCGCCACCAAGGGAACGCUCCAGAAAUUUGUGGAUGACCUGUUUGAGACGUUGUUCAGCACCGUCCACCGAGGCAGCACGCUGCCGCUGGCCAUCAAGUACAUGUUCGACUUCCUGGACGAGCAGGCCGACAAACACGGCAUUCACGACACCGACGUACGUCACACGUGGAAGAGCAACUGCCUUCCGCUGCGUUUCUGGGUGAACGUGAUCAAGAACCCUCAGUUUGUGUUUGACAUCCACAAGAGCAGCAUCACGGACGCCUGCCUGUCUGUGGUCGCUCAGACAUUCAUGGAUUCUUGCUCCACUUCGGAGCACCGCCUGGGCAAAGACUCGCCGUCCAAUAAGCUGCUCUACGCUAAAGACAUCCCCAACUACAAGAGCUGGGUGGAGAGGUACUACGCCGACAUCAACCGGCUGCCGGCCAUCAGCGACCAGGACAUGAACGCCUACUUGGCGGAGCAGGCCAGGCUGCACUCCAGCGAGUUCAACAUGCUGAGCGCUCUCAACGAGAUCUACUCCUACAUCAGCAAGUACAGCGAGGAGAUCACGGCGGCCUUGGAGCAGGACGACCACGCCAGGAAACAGCGUCUGGCCUACAAGGUGGAGCAGCUCAUCGGUGCCAUGUCCCUGGAGAGUUGAGGGCGGGUGUGCGAGGGCAGGGACUGCUGCGGAUCCUUUCCAGAUCUUGCAAUACGGGAUCGCGUUAGUUGGCGUCCCGAAAGCCGUCCAUCGUGGCACAUGACCCCUGAGGUUCUAAACGAGGAUGGCGCGUCAGCAUGGAAGGACUUAUUUAUUUAUUGAUGUUGUUUCUCGGGACAAUAGUGUGUGUGCGUGUGGGACAAACGUUGAGGAGAUCUCACGCUGGACUGCUGCAUUCAGAUUUUAUUUUUGUACUUUUAUUUUUGACCUUUGAUUCGCAAGCACCGAGGAUUCCCAAGGAUUCCCAAGGAUUCUCAAGGAUUCCCAAGGAUUCCCAAGGAUUCCCAAGGAUUCCCAAGGAUUCCCAAGGAUUCCCAAGGAUUCUGGUGCUCUCCUUCGAAUGGAAGCAGGACAAAAGAUGAAAGGAAAGGGACGGAGGCGGCGAGCAAGCAAGGAGACAUCGACCAGUCCACUCGGCGAACCCUGACGAGGCCGCCUGUUAAUGUAGCAGCGUCGAUGAAGUGAAUGUAGAGAACCUCCGGGACGUUUUGCGGAGCUCGCCAAGAGCUUCCCAGACCUCCAAAGCACUUCCCUGGACCACCAAAAUCCUCAGUUUUAUCGCAUCCUUUUGCUUCUUCUGCAAGCACAUGCGUUCACCAUCCAUCCGUCAGCCAAGCGAUCGAUCCAAGUGCCAACACGUCGAGUCAGCCAGUCGCAGUGUUCGAUGGGACCGCCACCGAUGUCUUGGUCGACCGAGUGCCAAAAUCGGUUUAUGCUUUACAAGUGGAGAGUCGAGCACGCAGAGGUGACGCCACGGUACGAAACCAGACAUGGACAGUCGCAUGACAGCGAGCUUCCAAUCAGUUUGUGGAUUUUGUCUUCUCAGCAUUCCAGUACUAUAUUGUCCGAGAAUAACGCCGGAAUCAGAUUCACCUCUGGGUUUAAUGUCCUAAACUGCAGUUCUUCUUCAGUGUUCUUCAGGACUUCUGGAGUUGGGAGGACUUCUUACUGCCAAAAUGGGAGGUAACAAAAUACUUCUGGAAGACAAAUGCGCUUUGCAAAAACAGGACAUCAUGGAAAACCCUAUUCCUACCUCCAAGUACCUCCAAACUCAACAUUAAAUCCCAGCCAAACUCCAACCCUCCACCUGCAUAAACCUUACCUUGAUGCCAGCCCCAUCCCUAGUGCUGAACCCAACACCAGAAACACCAAACCCAGGCUUACACCAUCACCGACUCCAGCCUCAACACCAACAUCAACCCUAACCCCGGCCCUAGCAGCACCCUAACCCCAGCCCUAGCAGCACCCUAACCCCAGCCCUAGCAGCAAACAAAACCUUGACCUCACCAGAACCCUGUCCCCAACUGUAAGCCUGACCCCAGCUUUAACAACAAGACAAGUUGUAAUCCCACCCCCAACCCCAACAUCUAGAACCCUGAAGAGCACCACCUUCAUAGCGGUCUCAUAGCAUAGCAGCAGGGUCCGCGGUUUGACCCGUCUCUGGACAGACCACCCUUCUGGGUGGGGUUUUUUUUUGGCGACUCCCACUUUUCAACGACAGUGUCUUCCCAAGCUCGGCGCCUAAGUAUUGUAUCCUCGUCAUACCUCACGUUGCUUUCACAGAAACCAGACCUGAAUGCCUUCUUCCCCUCGUCAAGGAAUGGAAAUGUUUGCCUCAGUUUACGCUCAAGCUUUUCAUUCUCAUUUCAUUCUCCUCCUGUUUCCGCCUUUUUACUUCCUGCUUGGCUGCUUUGUUUUUAGUUGCACUGGUGCGUCCAUGAGGGCACGUCUUCAAGCAUCUCAACGUCUUUUUGUCGAUGCUGGAGAUCCUUUGUUUCAUUCUUCCUUCUUGUGUUUUAUUCUUCCUUCUUGUGUUUUAUUCUUCCUUCUUGUGUUUUAUUCCUCCUUCUUGUGUUUUAUCCUUCCUUCUUGUGUUUUAUUCUUCCUUCAUGAUCCCACAGCCCAGCCUCCAUCUGUUUCUCUGUCUUACCGUUUCUUUUUCUGGCUCGCGUCUUUCCGUCCACCAAACAAGACAUCUUUUACUGUAUGUGCAGAGGGAUCAAUGUACCCCCCCGCCGCCCCCCGCCCCCCGCUCCCCAGUAGGAAACAAGUAUCCACACCUUGUACAAAAAACCUUUGUAGACACUGGACUCCUGUAAGAUAAUAAUAAUAAUAAUGAUUAGUGACGAUGAUGAUAAGAAUUGCUGUCUGUCUUUGUUAUUUUAUAUUCAAAAAGUCUUGUGAAAAUUGUAAGAAAAUGGAGGUAUUUAACUUGUUUUCUUGGUUUUUUUUAUUUGGAUUGAUUUUGUUUUGGUAUGAUAAUAUAUUAUUGUGUACUUAUUGUAAAUAUGAAGCACACCUAUUUUGCAAGCCAAGGAUUGACUUUGUACCAUUGUUAUAUAUGAAUAAACUUUGCUGGUUUAAAAGUG